CUGCGCACUGACGUCGGAGUUGGAGCAUUCGAUACAGGUAGAGACUGAGGCAGGUCUGAUGUCUUUAGGAAGGACAGCAUGCGACUCGCGAAGCUUUGACUCUGAGCCUUGGAACGAGCCGCACCUGCAGUCAUCGUCUCACCAGAACUAGAAGUCAAUGUUGGGACGGCCGUGACGAGUGCCUCAUUGGGAGACGAUGGCGGCGUUGGAGCCUUUGGGCAGCGUCCACAAACAAGUCAAGAUCUCCUAAAGAUGCCGAUCGAUGGGAGGGAGACUGGCCAGCCUCCUCGGGUUGGGCACCGGUUGAUGGCAGAGCCGGAGUUGGUGACAUGGCCGGCCCUGCCGGUGUUAGAGGCAGUGGGAGCAGGACCGAAUCUUGACCAGUAGAGGGAGCUGGAGCCGUCACUUCGGUACUUGGACUCGCGGGCACCUGUAUAAUUAUGGAGGAUUCUGAGGGCAUAGAGGUCGGUCACCGACGUGCUGACUUAGCUUGGUGAGCAGCGAUGCCUUCAGAAUUAACCUCCAUGGCAGUCAGAUUCGCAAUUGGCAAGGACGUAUUCGAUUGUCGGCUAGACGCACAGGAGAAUGGGUUAGACGGGAAUGAGUUGUGGGCCAUCAUGUAUAGCUUCUUCGUGUGACAACCGCUUGGCCAACCAUUCCUGUCAUAAGGAAGAGUGUCUUGGGACUCACCAGGUUUCUCCAUGGUCACAUCAGGCGGGUCUAGGGGUUGCUUGUCGGAGGUCACGAGACCUGAUGGGCUUGGAGUAGUUGCUAUGGUGGUCUGAGAACCUGAACGCAUCCUUCGAGUUUCUGGAAUCAUGUCCAGGGCCGGAUUGCAUGCAGGAGGCGGUUGAAUGUCCCAUCCCGAAGGCCUGUGUCUUUGGCGUGGUGGUCGUGGCACCAGGCUAGGAGAGCCACUCGGGGCCGGUGGUAGUGACUGUUGGCGGGUCGGCGACUAGAGGGUCGGCAAAAACCGCUAUGGCAGAUCGCGGAGCUCGCUCGCAGGCAAUUUGUCAAACCGAGAGGGAGACCGGCGCCGAGGUGGAAUUGGAACGAAGCCAUCUGCAUCUGACAAGUGAAACGUUGAUCGUCGGGGUUGGGAGUACUCCUGCCAAUGAUGCCGUCGGUGGCGACGAAGCUUGGCCCCGGGGGUCCUGGAGGCCGCUAGUAUUGUUUUCCACGAGGCAGUAGAGCAUGCAGCCGUUGCCAAUGUGCAGCUGGAGGAGUUUGUCGUUGAAUUCCGUCAGCGGGACGAGGUCCCAGGCGGUUCUCCCUUGGCGGUUGACGCAGAGAGUUGGUGGUGCAGGCUGUCGAGUGGUGUUGGUGAUUGCCAUAGAUGUGGCAAUACAGCUCCAUCGCUUCGUAGUGAAUGCCGAUGGUUGCACAACCUCCUGCCUCACUGUACCCAACCACAUUGUACCCAACCACAUUAUUAAUCCAGCCGUGACGAAUGUCAAUUCUUACACAAAAGCGAGGGGGUGCAUCUUGGGGCCGGUCACUGUCACCGGCAAAGAUUGGACCAAGUUGCGCAGCGAUGAAGCUGGCAAUGCGUCGAAACUCUAGUGGGAGGUCCGGCAAGGUUAUCCACGUCGGCCAGAGGAUUCCGAGGGGCAAGUGCGGAUUGAAGCCGCGAGACCAGCGUUGAUAGAACACUGCAUCACCUUGGAAUUGAUGAAGAGCACAUGUGAGUAGGCGGUGCGUGGUGGCAGCGCCAUCCGUCCGAACAUAAGCAAAGGACUGUCCGACUAAGCGAUACGAAUGAACAGUGCCCGGAUGAGCCAGUUGAAUGAGGGAGUUCCACCAGUGUUCACCUGUGGCGCCCUUCAACGUCCCCUCGACAGUGCACGCUAGAACCACAUGGUCGCCAAGUGCAGAAAUUCCUUGAGCGACGGUGUCUUGGUCAGCGGCAGAAAGCGUGAAGGAGACCGCGCCGCGAACGAGAAUCCCUUGGUAGUUGCGAAAUGUGCCUUGUGGAAGUAAUUCUCCAGCAUGCCUCCGAAGCGGGUCCACUUGGCCUGUGUCAAAGUUGCCAGUAGCCAGAGCGGCUGUCAAGAAGUCCAAGGUAUUAGAAACAUGGUCAGAGGGAGGUAACGCGCGAGCUCCAUUAUGGAGAACCGCCUCGUAAGUGGCACGGGCGGGCUGCAUGGUAAACCCUAAGAAGCUCGUUUUCCUCGUGGGAGAAUCCCCGGGAUCAGGGAACCUCUCAAUCGACUCGCCAAGCGAUGCCGUUCACGAUUCUGAAUUCGCUAGCUCGAAAUGUCGCACUGUGCACUCACUACUGGGCCCUCCGCCGAGGCGGCAGCCGUGCACCUUCGUCCUCCAUCGCCAUCACCUCCUUGAUCGUAGUGGCUGAUUAUGAACCUCUAUAAUCUCCAAUUUUCUUUUCCGGUUUGCAAUCUCUCUGUUUAUCUCAUGAGUCUCAUCUUUUCCGUAAAACUAAGUUGAACUAUUUUACGUGGCAAUGAUAGUGUAGAAUGUCGGUGUACAUGACACUAAAUGAGCACUACCGAGAUACGAAGGGACGUAACGUGAGCACAGAUUAGAGGACGAGCAAAGAGGGAUACUGGGACAGGUUGAGAUGAGAGGGGCCAAAAAACGGAAGCGGGCCCAUGGGAGUGCAUCGGUGUCUGCUGUGAUUGGUAGUUCGGAUUGACGCUUUUCUGAGCUUGACACAUGGACGUAGAUGCCAAUCAUGAGGGAUACAACGAGUCACGAGUAAUACCCCGUGCAUACAUGGACAGGCAGAAUCAGAUCAAAGAAAAGGAUUCGGGAUGGGUCCUUGAUUUCAAAGAACAACAUGAACAUGACAUCAUAAUAUGUGAACCAUUGGACAGGACCAUUGGAGAGGACGCGAUCUUCAUGGUCCUAUUUCAUCUGGAUUCUCGUCCAUAUUCAAGACAACUCGGGGAAACGAUAAAGCAGACAUGGGCUUGAACAUUUUUAUAGUCAAACCUGGUCAAGCUCCCAGAGGACGUAUACUAUUUACACGAGGUCUUCGAUGACGAUAUUACAGAAUUUAGCUGUAUGAAAACGAAAAUACAAAGGACAAAAUUUCCCCAUAGGUUUCUUACAGAACCUGGAGGGUUAUGUGACGGCCUCACCCAAUGAUUAUUUUUUCCAUCCUCAAUCGAACAAACGCUCUCCGGCAAUGUGUUUCGGAUUUGUCUUGGAAAGCUUGUGCUGCGAAUGAAGGGUUUUUUAGCUGUAUUGCAAAGCAAUGCAUGCUUUUUGGAAUGUCCUUCUUGCAACAUGCAAUGCCUCAGAAACUCCAGUCUGUGCAUACAUGAAGAGUUUUUUGAAUUGUUAUCUCCAUAUAUGCAAAAACCGUGUUGACAGAAACAG